AUGGCAAAACAGGAACAAAUCGAUUCUAUUGCUUACUAUCCUAAUCAUUCAGUCAAACGUAGUUCGACUCCAACUUCUAUGGUUCCCUCAACAGCUGUCAGUAAUUCCGGCAUGCCAUUCAGUGUUACAGAUAUUCUUCAACCAUUAGAUGCCGAUGCGUCAAUAUCUUACAAGCGCUCAUUAGAAAUGGCGCACGCACUUGCUUCGUCAUCAUCUGCUUACAAUCCUCAACGUCCAGCGACAAGUGUUACGCCUGCUAGUCUGUGUAAUCCUUCAUUUGGACCAUCGUCUGUGCACAAUGGCUACUAUGGACCAACGGCAACAUCCACAUCAGCUUUCUCACCGAAUAAUCAAUACUAUGACUACAGUAGCACGCUUCAAAAUGGUGGAAACUCGAAUCCAGUCACUGGACAGUACUCACCAAGUUCGUGUUGGUACGGAUCAGCAGCAAUGUCUCGAUACCUUGUUGGUUCGUCGUCAGCAGUUGAUAGUGCAGCAUUAGCAGCGAGUGUCUACGGACAUCAUCAAGAUCCAAUGAUGAAGUCAGCCUAUGCACAAUUUCCAUUCGUAUCUCAAAAACGAAAACGACGCAUACUGUUCAAUCAAGGGCAAAUCUACGAAUUGGAACGACGGUUCAAACAACAGAAAUAUCUUAGCGCACCUGAACGUGAAAAUCUUGCAAACAUACUUCAACUAACACCAACACAAGUCAAAAUUUGGUUUCAAAAUCAUCGAUACAAAACGAAAAAACAGGCUAAAGAACGUGAAAAACUCGAUGCAAAACAAUAUCGAAAAGAUCAUCAUCAUCACCAUCAUCAUCAUCCUCAACAAUAUCAACAAGCACAACCACAGCAACAGCAGCAACAUCAAUUCAGAUAG